UGUCACCGGAGCGGAGCCCGCGCGCCCUCGCCUAUCGUUUCCUAGCGAGGUCCGUCCCCUGCGGAUAAAGAAAAACGAAGCGCAACCCCUCACAGCCACGCCUUGGUCCGUCUCUCCCCCUCCCACGCCCCUGCUCCUCCUCCGGCCAUACUGGCUGGCCGGAGGCACGCCGCGCGGCUGACCUUGGGUGCACGCUUGGACACUCCGCUCGGCGAAUGAGGUUGAGGAGCAUAUAGCGGCACCACAAUGCUAGAAAACGGCAUACAACUGACGCCGGCAUCCACUUCCAACAGCACGGGCAAGACAAGAAACAAUGGGAAAGAGCUCAACGGAUCCGCCUCCACGGAGGAGGAGAAGCGCCAGGGCAAUGGCGGCGACGUGCAGCCGCCGCCGCCGAGCACCUGCACGACGUGCGCCAAGGGGCACACGUGCCAGGCUGUGGUCAGCCGGACGCGGGAGAUGCGGAGCCUCAUCGACGCCAAGAAGCCUCACCAGGCGCAGGCCCUCUUCGACGACCUCGCCGACGAGGGCCACCGCCCGUCCCUCGUGACCUACACCACCCUGCUCACCGCGGUGACGAACCAGCGCGCGUUCGAGGCGAUCCCUUCGCUGCUCGCCGGCAUCGACGCAGCCGGGCUGCGGCCGGACGCCAUCUUCUUCAACGCCCUCAUCAACUCCUUCGUGGAGGCCGGGCGGAUGGGCGAGGCCACCAGCACCUUCUGGAAGAUGAGCCGCCACCACCCGGGCUGCCGCCCCACCAUCAGCACCUUCAACACGCUCAUCAAGGGCUUCGGCAUCGCCGGCCGCCCCGACGAGGCGCAGCGCGUCUUCGACAUGAUGGCCGGCGGCGACGGCCACGGCGACGGCGCCGGGGUCGCGUCCACGGUGAGGCCCAACCUGACUACCUACAACAUCCUGGUGAAGGCGUGGUGCGACCACCGGAGGCUGGAGGAGGCGUGGGGCGUGGUGGGCAGGAUGCGCGCGCGCGGCGUGGAGCCCGACGUCGUCACCUAUAACACCGUCGCCAGCGCCUACGCCAAGAACGACGAGACGUGGCGGGCGGAGGAGCUGGUGGUGGAGAUGGUGCGCGCCAGGCUGCGCACCAGCGAGCGCACCUGGGGCAUCAUCGUCGGCGGAUACUGCAGGGAGGGCAGGCUGGAGGAGGCGCUCCGCUGCGUCCGCCAGAUGAAGGACGCCGGCGUCCUCCCCAACGUCAUCGUCUUCAACACCCUCCUCAAGGGCUUCCUCGACGCCAACGACACGGCCGCCGCCGACGACGUUCUCGGGCUGAUGGAGCAGUUCGGCAUCAAGCCGGACAUCGUGACGUACAGCCACCAGCUGAACGCCUUCAGCUCGCUGGGUCACAUGGCGAAAUGCAGCAAGGUGUUCGACAAGAUGGUGGAGGCCGGGAUCGAGCCGGACCCGCAGGUGUACAGCAUCCUCGCCAAGGGCCACGUGCGCGCGCAGCAGCCCGGCAAGGCGGAGGAGCUCCUGGAGCGGAUGUGCCGCCUCGGCGUCCGCCCCAACGUCGUCACCUUCACCACCGUCAUCAGCGGCUGGUGCAGCGUCGCAGACAUGGACAACGCCACCAGGGUGUACAGGAAGAUGCGGGACGCCGGCGUGCGCCCCAACCUCAGGACGUUCGAGACGCUCAUCUGGGGGUACAGCGAGCAGAAGCAGCCGUGGAAGGCCGAGGAGGUCCUCCGGAUGAUGCAGGAGGCGGGCCUCAGGCCGAAGCAGAGCACCUACAGCCUCGUCGCCGAUGCGUGGAAGGCCGUCGGCCUGGUCAAGAAUGCCAACCGCAACCUCGGUUCUCCCGAUGACCGUCGUCGCCCCACCCCCAACGCGAGCGAUCACGACGAGCCGGACCGCCGUCCCGACGACGACGAUGACAAGCUGCGAAGAUCCGGAAGAGCCAGUGAGCAGGCAACGGGUGAUCCAUCAUCACAUGCCAGUUUCGUGCAGGUGACAAGCGCGCUAGGGACAGGCAGGGCUGGAGACUUUGCAUCAUCGGCGCCAUCGUCGUCAUCGCCGUGGCGAUCGUGUCAGCUCCGACUGCGAGCUUCGGGGUUUUGCAGGAACCAAAGGCAGAAGCAGGGUGGGAUGUACAGUCACAGCAUCAGCUCAAUCAAGAUGGUCUUCCUCAGCUAAGAGGCGGCCAUUGUUUGCUGUUCAGAACAUGUACACUACCUGUAAAACCCAAUUCUUCCCCAAUCUCCUGACCGUAGAUGCUGGUCAUUUUUGUAUGAUUCUGCACACACAUUGGUCUUCGAUUCAGAAGUCUCACCAUUCCACAGAGCAAACUCCCCUCAAA